UUCAUUAGUUCAAUCAAUUGUACAAGCAAUCAAUCACCUGACUGAUUUGAAGAUAUAAUAGUAACAUAUAAUUAACUAUGGAAGAUUGGAGAAGAAUUGAUAUUGAUGCUUACGAGCCAGAAAAUCAUUUAUCUAAAGAAGAAUUAUUACCUAAUUUACCUGAGACAAGUAAAGAAGAUAUUGAAGCAAUAUCAAAACAAGCUCGAGUUUAUUUAUCUCAGGGGAAAUUUAUAGAAGCUUUAAAAUUAGGAUUAAGUUAUCCACCAUAUAUUGCUAGUGAACAAAUUAAAAAUUUACAUACAGAAACUAUAUUUGAAAUAUUAUGUCUGAUAAAGAAUAAUCAUAAUUUAAAUGAUUUAUCAUCAUUUGUUAAACAAUUAGAUAGUGAUGAACAAGAUACUUUGGUUAAAUAUUUAUAUAAAACAAUGAGUACAAGUUAUGGACAAAAGCAAGGUGGAUUAUUAUUAAGUUGGUAUGAAAAGACGGUUGAAAUUACUGGUUUAGGUCCCAUUGUUAGAUUCUUAAGUGAUAGGAGAACUGUAUAAUUAAUUAUCUACUUGUUAUGAUAUGAACUAAAAUAAACAAAAAUAUACAAAAAUGAAUUAAAAUUAAAAUUAAAAUUAUAUUUAUAUUUAUAUUAAUUAAACG